AUGGAUGAAUCAUGGGAAAAAUGGUUUUCUGAUUUGGAAAUGGAUGACGAUAAGUUGCAUCUCUUCAACGAACACGACGUGAACUCUCUUGAGGAAGAAUUGAUGAAAGGAGAGAGUUCAGUGCCUUAUGAUUCAGAUUUUUCUAUCAAAAACAACAACAACAUGGAAAAUAUUUCAUGUUUGGAAACGAACACGAAUUCUAGUUCGGAGAAGAACCAAGAAUUGUCAUCCUCUUUCGAGGACUCCACUGUUGUGUCAAAUGAUGUUGAUGAAGCAUUCCAUGCCGAGCAAAAGAAAAGAAGCACUCUUCAGACAGAACAGCACAAAAUGUCUGAGACGAGAGACAAAAUCAGAACUAUGAUGGAAAUGGGUGAUGAUGAGUUUCAUUUGUUCACUAAUUCUCUUGAGGAAGAAUUGAUGAAGGUUGAGAGCACUUCAGGUUUUGAUAUCAACAACAAGAAGAAGAACAACAUAGACGGUGGUUCAUGUUUGAAAACGAACACACAACAUGCGAAUUCUGGUUUGGAGAAACAUAUAUGUUCAUGCACUCUGGCUUUUGAGGACUCCACUGUGGUUUCAAAUGUUUCUGAUGAAGCAUUACAUGCAAAGCCUGAAAAGAAAAGAAGCACUUUUCAUCAGACGAAUCAGCACAUAAUGGCUGAGAGGAAGAGGAGAGAGAAAAUCAGCACUAUGAUGGUAGAACUUUCAGCCAUGCUUCCUGGUUUGAAAAAGUUAGACAAGAUAUCUAUCCUUGGCAAAACGAUCGAUUAUGUAAAACAUUUACAGAAUCGUGUGAAAGAUUUACAAGAACAAAAACGUAAAGAUGUAAGAAUCAGAGUUAUUUGUGACAGACGACAACACAUUGUAGCAAAGCUAUUUUCGAAGCUUGAAUCUCACCAUCUCUCCAUAGUUGGUAGCAGUGUUUUGCCAUUGGGAAGUUCUGCUCUAAACAUUUGUAUCAUUUGCCAGGUGGAACAUUUCAGCAUGGCAAUAGAUGACUUAGUGAAUAUUUUAAAUGAGGAU